GGAUCAUGCUCUCCGGGCGACGGCGACGACGAUGACGGUAAGGGCACUGCAGCAGAUCUCCACCGGCCGAAAUGGCGUCGGUGCGUUCGUCUUGCAAUGCAAGAAGAUGGACUUCCACUACUGCGACUGGGCCGGUAGUUCCAAGGGCAUGAACGGCUUCAUCAAGUCCCUGCUCCCCAAGUUCGCCGCCGCCAACCCGCAGAUCGAGUUCAGCGUGUCGCCCCGGCCGGCGAAGCACCCCGUCAUCAUCGCGCAGUACAUCAACGGCCGCGAGAAGGCCGUCUGCGUGCGAAACAUGGAGCCCUACGAGGUGCUCAAGAAGGCCGAGCUGCUCCGCGACGCCAGCGGCGAGAAGCUGAAGAGGGUGACAAAGCCGGUGCAGAGUAUCAACGAGUCCGUCAGAGGCGUCUGGUCCCCGUACCACGGCAACGGGUUGCGGGUAUAAAGAGGGUGUACGACUGUGUAUAUGGCGCAUCAUGUUGUAACAAUACGAAUCAUUAU